AUGUCAUUAUGUGAUCCAAGAGAGGAAGAAGCUGAAGUAUUGAGAUCAAUUUUCGAUGAUCAAGAAUUGUCAGUAUUAAGUGAUUACAAUCUAGAAUACAAAGUAGGUGAGCAAGGAACAGCAUCUUCGUUUGUUGUACAAAUUCACUGGCCUUUGGGUUAUCCGGAUGUUUUACCGUGCAUCUCUAUGGAUGCUUUUUACAACAGCCAUGUACCAUCGAAUGUUAAAGAAACUAUCGUCAAGGAACUGUUAUUUGUUGCGAAAGAUCAACUUGGUUCAGCGCUAACUUUUACAUUGAUCGAAUAUCUAAAAGAAAAUUCUGAACGAUUCACUAAAUUACUUAAUAGUGGAAAAGUAGAAGAGUUUAACCCUAGUCCAUUCUCAAAUGAAACGACUAAGGUAUCUCUUAAGCCUGAUAAACAACUGCAGCUCUCAAAAGCUCAAAAAAGAAAACAACAAGAUAGACUUGGACAAAAUGGCGAAUUGCCUAGAGCAGAGUGGAUCAACAUCUUAGCGGUAAAGGAGAUGGAGUGUCUUUCAGAAUCGAACAAAGUCCAACUCAUCAACGCUAUUCACCAAUACUUUCAGAAGUCUAGAAUCGCCGAGUUAAUAUACACAGAACUCAUUGUUUUUGUGAGGUCUGUAAACGUUAGAAAUUUACAUUACGGGGAUAUCAUAUUUCUCGGUUUAUUUGUUGAUAUGGUGAAAUACACGAUUUGUACAACUGAAUAA